CACCCCACGGGGGACAGCUCAGACUCCUCUUUAACCGCCCGCGGCGAGUUGCAGCCUGGCGGGGACCGAUCUUGACAGUCAGACCUCCUGUUAUCUCCCAGCGGAGUGCAUUUCCCUACCCGCUCGGAUGGUCAGAGCCCCCGAGUGCUUGGCCUCCCUCAGCACGGUGACCAAAGAAGGCUAGCGGGUGUCCUUCGAAAGAAAGGGACCUUCGGUGAUCCUGGGAGGAGCGGCCUUAAACUGUUCAAAGUACACAUUCGUCACUUUGAGCGCCCGGCAUACUGAGAGGUGAGACGACUCACACACAACAGCACUCCAGGAUGGUUCACAUCAAGGAUGGACUUCUCAGACCUGUCAGUGUUUUCCGACACAUCGUUGUCUUACUUCUCCUAAACCACUUAUGUGGAGGUCAGUCUCAGGAGAUAGGUCCACCUCAGCUCGUCGUGGCGAUGCUCGGUGAUGACAUCAUUUUACCAUGUCAACUGGAACCUCCGAAGAAUGCCGUUUCUAUGACGAUGGAGUGGGGACGACAUGACCUGGAACCCAGAUUUGUCCUUGUAUGGCACGAUGGUCAGGAACUUCUGACUGACCAAAACAAGGCCUACAAGGGAAGAGCAUCAGUGUCCAUCAACAACUUGACGCUCGGAGACUUUUCACUGAGACUGUCCUCAGUGAAGAUCUCUGACAACGGGAAAUACAGAUGCUACUUCCCAAAACUGAAUAAAGAAUAUUUUGUUGAGCUUAUUGUUGGUGCUUCCUCCUCACCUGCUAUCAGUUUAGCAGGCCUCCAUGAGGCCACCAGCGGAGUGAUGCUAGACUGCAGGUCUGAAGGCUGGUAUCCAGAGCCUGAGGUGUUGUGGCUGGAUGGUGAGGGAAACCUCCUCUCUGCUGGACCUCCAGAGACAGUCAGAGGUCCUGAUGAUCUCUAUACUGUCAGCAGCAGAGUGACUGUGGAGAAGAGACACAGCAACAGCUUCACCUGUAGAGUCCAGCAGAAGGACAUCAACCAGACCAGAGAGACACACAUUUAUGUUCCAGAGGAUUUCUUCGUGUCUCCAUCUAGCUGUAGUGCAUCUGUUGCCAUGAGCGUGUUGUUUGGCCUCAUGUUUGUUCUCACAGUUGUCCUUUUUGUCUGGAAAUGGAGACAGAACAAAAUCGAGAUCAAGAUGCAACUCAAGAAUAAAAACAAAGAGGCAGAGCAGCAGGCUUUAAUGAAAGAAAAAGUGAGCAGAGAGCAGCUCAUGGAAGAAAACAAGAAAAUAAAAGAGGAGUUACAGAAGAAAGAGAAAGACAUGACACAGGUUAUUGAUACAUUGACUGAACUGGGACAGGAACUGCAGAAGCAGAAAGAACAACUCAAUGACCAAAAGAAGAAGGCAGAGAAACAGGCGAAGGAGAAUGAAGAGAAGGUUAAUUCAGUGGAUAAAGAAGUAUCAGAGAAGGAGGGAGAUAAAACAGCUAACAAAGCUCAGGGAUACUUAAAACUCAAAGAGAUCAUAACAGAGAACAAAUGGUACCUGGAGGAGAGAAAGAAAGAACUUCAACAACUGGAAAUGAACACAGACAGACUGAUUAAGAGGACAUUUGACUUAAGAGAAUUACAAAGAACCUAAAGGAAGGACAACAUACAAAACCACAUGGAGCAAAUAAAGAAACAACUGGACAAGACGGAGGACAUUCAGAGGAACCUUGACUCAGAGAGAGAAGGGAGUGGUUUCCUCAAUCUUAAUUAAAUAGGCUAUAAACCGAACUUUUACAUAAAUCAUGUAUCAUCACAUGACAAUGUGAAAGGUGUCACAUGCUGAUGAAGCUACAGAGAAUUAAAACAAACAGGCAGCCAUUUGAAAAACAGCUUUAGAUGAUUUAAAUGUUGGAUGGCCUAGUUAGGAACUGUACUUUAUUUAUCAAGAUAAGGAAUAUAUUGUGCAGUUAGUAUGUGACAUAUCUGUGGAUGUUUUUUCGUUUGCAUUUUUUAUUGUUUGAUAAAAUGUAUUGUUUGUUUGAUCUUUUUACUGACUAUGUUUUUGGUUUUAAUACAUGCUUGUCUGUUUUUAUUUCAAGUUUUCAUUGGUCAAAUUGUUCUCAUUGUGUGAGUGUAUUUGAACAUUUUAGGCCAACAGUCUGCUGUAGAUGUAUAAAUAAACUUUU